UCGUCCUGCCCCCUGUGGUCCGAGGGGAUUUGGCUCCCCGUCCUCUUUGCAGCGGCGCUUUGCGUGCUGGUGGCUGCAGAGAGGGAACAUGGGUCCCCACGUCCCUGGUGGGCAGGGCAGGAGGCAGGUGGCCUUAGGGGACAGCAGUGCACACGGGAGGCCUCCCCACCACUCUGUGCUCUCCUCUCUCGGCUUCCAGAAGAAGGACGUGCGGAUGCUGCGCUUCAUCCAGGAGGUGAACACCACCACCCGCUCCUGUGCCCUCUGGGACCUAGAGGAGGACACUGAGUACAUUGUGCAUGUCCAGUCCAUCAGCAUCCAAGGCCAGAGCCCUGCCAGUGAGCCAGUCCUCUUCAAGACCCCCAGGGAAGCUGAGAAACUAGCCUCUAAAAAUAAAGAUGAGGUGACAAUGAAGGAGAUGGCGAAGAAAAACCAACAGCUGCGAGCGGGGGAAAUUCUCAUCAUUGUUGUGGUGUUGUUUAUGUGGGCAGGGGUGAUCGCCCUGUUCUGCAGACAGUACGACAUCAUCAAAGAUAACGAGCCAAACAACAGCAAGGAGAAAGCCAAGAGCGCCUCGGAGAACAGCACCCCGGAGCACCAGGGCGGGGGGCUCCUGCGCAGCAAGUUUCCAAAAAACAAGCCCUCAGUGAAUAUCAUCGAAGCAUGACAGGCCUGUCACCUGAUCGAUGGACUCCAUCCCUCACUCUCACUUUCUGCCUCUGAGCCGUGAUGACUGGGGAGGUGAAAUAUUGUCAGAGCGACCUGGAAAGAGACCCAGUGAUUGUCACCUGCUGGCAGACAUCUCCUCCCACCUCCUGCAAAACAUCUGGCCAGGAAGGAAAAUCCUUCAGAAAUCCCUGACACCCAAAGAAGACGGAAAAGCAUCGGUGAGACAGGUGCUGACCCGGACUCGUGGAUCACCUGGGCUGGAGCAACGUCUCACACACUCCUUUCCACCCUCACGCUCCGUCUUCUGGGACCUUCCUGUCUCUGGGAACGUACGAGGUUUUGUUGUGUCUUUAUUUGGUCUCACUGUCACUCCACCCUGACAGAAUUCCCGUGAGCUCGGGCACCAGGCACCGACACCCCUCUCCGAGCAGGAAUGGAGGGAAGCUCAUCCCAAAGGCCACCACCGAGCCGAAUUCUGGCUGCUGUGCGCUCUCGCCUCGCUUUGCUCAUCGAUGUGUGUUGUGUGACACGUCUUGCAGGAUCCCUGGGAUUGCUGGUGCUCUGGAAGCUGGUAGAUGCAGGACCAUCACGUGGACAAGGUUUACUCUCUGUAGUGUGCCAUGGGGUAUCUGUAUUUAUUUAAUUACUCUACGAGACCACUCCAUAUGCACUAGGGGAUGAGGCAGGAUCCUACUUGUUCCAUCCAAUGCCAAGACAGGUUGGCCUGAGUAGGGUUUGGAUCUUGUUACAACAAACCUGCACUCAGAUGAGCCUGGGUUAGAAGUCCCUGCAAGGAAACAGGCUGGCAGGAAGGACUUCAGCCAUCUCUCCUCUUCCACUGGCACCAGCCUUUCCAAAAGGGCUGGUCUGGGAGAAAGGCACAGGGAAGUUUGCUUGCAGAUGUGUUGGUGAACAAGCAAAGGCUUCCCUUGUGCUGGUUUCAGAAGACAGGCCAACCCCAAAGGUCUCUUCAGUGGAUCCUUUGCCAGAACAUACUCCUCCAUCACCAAGAGGGAGAGGUCAACACCUCUGAUACAGACAGAGCAAUAAACAUUUUAUAAUGUACAAUAAAAGAUUAAAGGCAUCUCUUGUGUCCUUGUAACAUCUGAAUUUGGUAAUUUUAUAUUCACCUGCUCCUAGCAGAACACACCCCACAGAACUGGGGGGCUUUCCCUGUAUUUCCCAGUGACUAAACCCAAAAUGUCUGGGUGGAGAAACCCAGGAAGGUUCAGAGUUCACUCUGGCUGCAGGACAAAAAAAAAAAACCCUGCACCAUAAAUAGCACCACAGCCAUACCUAGCAAAAUCCUUCAGACACGGCUGUUAUCUCCCAAAGAAAGAAACAGCAUUUGGAAUCCAUAGCCCUCCAAAGGGAGAUUUGGG